CUUUAAGCGUUUGCUAACCGCCAUUAAACAACAAAAUAAGAAGAAGACGAAGAAGAAGGAAAAAGGAAACUUUAGCUUCCUGAAUCCAACUGAAAAGGUACAGACAGGCAACUGUCCCGAUACCACGCCAGGAAAAAUAAAAGCUGUUUGCGCUGGUCAUGCUACCUGUCAACUGACUCACUCUUUAUGACAUGAUGGACGACACAGAAAUAGAGCCAAUGGACACGCCUUCGGGCAGCACUUCCCUUGGGGAUGCGGCGUCUGGUGGAGGGCAAAGUAUGCCGAAUGAAGAUGAAGAUGAAGAUGACGGGCUGUACUACAUCCCUGAGAGAAGACCUUCUCUGGACUUGGGGCCGACUCCGAUGGAUACAAGCCACUGGCAUUAUGUGGAACAGGCCAACUCACCAGUUCUGAGCUACAGCUCAAUGUCAAGUGAGGCGAACUCCGACAAAAUGGAUGAAGACAAUGCAUCUUCCACGAGGGUCCAGCUGGAGAGAACAGGCUCAUACUCUAGCUGCUAUUCUUUGGACAGUGACGACUGUGAAAAAAGAAUCCCCAAGGUUAAAAGCAAAGAUGAUGCCGUUGCAGAGCCUACUGACACACUUCAGUUAAUCGAAGACCCAAAUGUAAUUAGGCAUCCUUCCCUGACAGUGGGAUUUACUUUGAAGGCUAUUUGUAGUACCCUUGGGAAGCUGACAGAGGGGGACAUGAGGAGGUUCAAGAGGAUACUGUGGAAGCAUUUCCCGCAGGUGUUCAACACUCCUCCCCAAAGCAUGGACAUGUUGGACCUUGUGGAUCGGUUGCUCGAGUGUUACAGCCUAGAGCUUUCUUUGCAGUUGACCAAAAAACUUCUUGAGGAAAUGGGGAGAAAGAAGGUGGUUGAUUAUCUCGAGACUUUGUGCAUCCGAAAUGAGGUACGUUACGAUUUAAGUGAGACUCUGAAGAAGAGAUACGGGGAAGUGUGUGAGGAUUUGAACAAGCAGGGAGAGAAGAGGCCCCUUGAUGAUGUCUAUACCACUCUCUACAUAACAUCAACGAGUGAUAACGGCCCAAAUAUUGAGCAUGAGGUCAUGAAGAUAGAAAAGCAGGACAGCAACCGGGAACCAGGGAAACCGCUUUCUAUUAAAGAUAUCAUGAGCGAAGAAUGGCUGGAGGAAUCAAACGUAAAGUUUCUUUUGAUCACUGGAAUGGCAGGGUCAGGGAAGUCUAUGGCAAUCAGCAGGUUAAUCCUUGAUUGGAUUGAAGAGAAGUCUCACCAACAUGUGAAUUUUUUGUUUCCUUUGCCGUUCAGAGAACUCAAACAGUUUGAGGGUGUCAAGAUCUCCCUGUUGGAAAUAAUACAGACACUCUACCCAGAAACAAAAAAAUUGAGGGAUGAGGACUUUAGAUCUGAAGAUUGCAAAAUGUUGUUUGUCUUUGACGGCCUUGAUGAGUACAGCGGGAAGCUUGACUUUGAAAACACUGAGCUUCUCGGUGACCACACAGAUCCCACCACCCUUAACGUCAUCGUGGUCAACCUCCUCAGAGGGAGGCUACUGUACCGCGGAAUGUUUCUGGUCACUUCUCGGCCGCAGGUAAGGCGCUGCAUCCCUUGGGAUACACAUUAUGAUGAGAGAGACAUGCGUGGUUUCCGUGACGAUGAAAAGGACGAGUACUUUAAGAAGAGGUUUAAGAACCCAGAUGACGCAGCUCGAGUUAUCGCGUAUAUCAACUCUUUCAAAACCCUCCGCAUCAUGUGUCAUUUGCCCCUGUUUUGCUCACUAGUGGCAGAUGAGUACCAGCACAUAUUAACGAAACAGGGUCCACAGGCAGAGCUGCCCAAGAGCAUCACCUUCAUGUACACAAAACUGAUGCUGGCGCUCAUAGGGCCGUAUCGCGCAGAUAGAGCUCCAGUUCUUAGCCCAGAUAAAGAGAAGGACUUUCUCAUGAAACUUGGAAAGUUGGCCCUCACCAUGCUUGAACAAAACAAGUUCAAGAUCACCAGGUCUGACUGGAGAGAUGUUGGAAUCAGCGAUGAGGAAGCAGUUGUUAACAGCGGACUGUGCAUACAAUAUGUCACAAAGCCAUACGUCUUGUUUCAGGAGAAAGUCGUAAGCUUUAUCCAUCCCACCAUGCAGGAGUACCUCGCUGCCCUUUAUGUGUUUCUGUCCUUUAGAAACCAGGGGAAGAACAUUUUUGAGCAGCAGUUGAAAGAGAAGCUCUCACGGAUGUUCAAGGGGAACAAGGUGAUGGAGCUGUACAAGUGCGCUGUGGACAAAAGCCUCCUUUAUGAGGAUGGCAAACUGGACAUUUUCCUGCGUUUCCUGUUUGGGAUGGCACGUAACAUCAACCUGGAACUUCUCAAACCGUUCUGCACCUCCACUAUGAAGUGGCCAUCUGCCCUCGAAGAUGCUACCGCCCUCAUCAAGAAGAGGAUCAGAGAAAAUCAGUAUCCUCAAAGGAAUGACAACCUUAAGCACUGCUUGGAGGAGCUAGGUGUGGGAGCACGAGAAGUGGCAUCCCUUUGAAACAAUGAUCACUGUGCAAAGUCGUUUUGCUAAAAAAUAAGUUAUCAGGCUUCCACUUUAAAUCCAGUCACAGGAAAAAUGUAUGCACUAAUUAAGCCUUAGACCAUUUAACAGCCAAACAUACAAACAUAUCCUGAUGUACCAAGUAAGUGGUCCUCUUUUAAAUUUCAUUUAAAGAAAUGGGGAUGUUGUAGUUUUCAUGUGUUUGUGUGGAUUUACAGAAGCUUUGAGAUAUUAGGAGCCUUAUUUGGGGACUUUUUUUCUCCGUUUUUAUACGAUGCAUAUACAAUCAUACAUUUUUGAUUGACAUUAAUUACUGCUGUUGUUUCCAGCUGGUCUAUUGUUAUGCCUAACAUCACUUAAGUCUUAAAGUCUAAAUUCAUUGCACUAGUAACAAAAUAACACAUGUAAUAUGAUUAUUGCUGAAUGAUGGUGUAUUUGAAAAUAUGUCAAAAUUAUUAUUCUGCCCUUUUAACUGUUGUUAAUCAGAUAUUAUUAUUGUUUGUUGGUUGCUUUAAUGUUAUGGUAUCAUGUAACAUGGUAAUCAUGUAAAAGAGUUUCUGAAAAGCAUCUGCAGUCUAAUCCCCGUAGUUUACAUCACCGCCAUACAUUACCGCACGGAUAUACAGGAUAUGAAAACACUCAAUGAAAAUGAAUAACCUGUUUGAAAUAAAUGGUAUCAUCAGUAAUAGCAAUCUGCAGGGAAACAG